UGCGGAAGCAGCGGAAAUGCGGGGACUUUCGAAUCGAGCCGACCUAGGCCCUCCUGGCUUUGCUUCCCGCUGGCUGUGUGACCUUGGGUUUUGGUGGUAGGAUUAUGCUGACCUUAUAAAAUAAGUUGGGAAGUGUUCCUUCUAUUUUCUGAGAGAAUUUGUAUAAGGACUGAAUUGCAACUGCAGAAGCAACAACAAGUGAACCUUUAAAGAUGCAUAGGGGCUGCAUAAAGUGAAGAGAGAAACUGGAGAAACCAAUAAAGUCAGAAAAAAUUAUGUUUCCCAGGUUUAAUAGGGAAAACUUGCUUUCUGCAAACAACUAAAAAAGCUACCCUUGGAAAUCGUUUCUUUGGUCCUCAUGGAGCAGCUGGAACUUGUACUGUGAGGCCCUUAACGGGACAAGCUCUCACCCACUGAUCACCCAGAGUGAUUAUCACCAUGGCCAGCAAGAGGAAAUCCACCACCCCGUGCAUGAUCCCCGUGAAGACUGUGGUGCUGCAGGAUGCCAGUGCAGAGCCCCAACCCUCUGAGGCUUUGCCCGAAGGACCCCAGCAAGAUCUGCCCCCAGAAGCACCUGCUACCAGCACUGAGGCAGCCCAGAACUCCAGCAGUACCGAUGGCACUGCACUGGCCAAUGGGCAUCGGAGCACUUUGGAUGGCUAUUCAUAUUCCUGUAAAUACUGUGAUUUCAGAUCCCAGGACAUAACCCAGUUUGUGGGACAUAUGAACUCAGAGCACACAGACUUUAAUAAAGACCCAACUUUUGUAUGCACUGAAUGCAGUUUUCUGGCAAAAACUCCUGAGGGGCUUUCUUUGCACAAUGCCAAGUGUCACUCAGGGGAAGCCAGCUUUGUGUGGAAUGUGGCCAAGCUGGACAAUCAUGUAGUCGUGGAGCAGAGCGUCCCCGAGAGCACCAGCACUCCUGACCCAUUGGGUGAGCCCAAUGCUGAAGAGACUGAUGGACAGGCUGAAAUCAUCAUUACCAAAACUCCAAUCAUGAAGAUAAUGAAAGGCAAAGCUGAAGCCAAAAAAAUCCAUACACUCAAGGAGAAUGUCCCCAGCCAGCCUGUCGGUGAGGCCUUACCAAACUUGCCGGCUGGGGAAACAGAGGUGAAAGAGGGGGACCACUCCUUUGUCAAUGGGGCGGUCCCAGUCAGCCAGGCAUCUACCAACUCCGCAAAAGCCCCCCAUGCGGCCAAUGGGCCCCUGAUGGGAACGGUGCCAGUUUUGCCAGCUGGUAUAGCGCAGUUCCUCUCCCUCCAGCAGCAGCCCUCAAUGCAUGCCCAGCACCAUGCCCACCAGCCACUCCCCACAUCCAAGUCCCUUCCCAAAGUGAUGAUCCCCCUGAGCAGCAUUCCGACGUACAAUGCAGCCAUGGACUCCAACAGCUUUCUGAAGAACUCUUUUCACAAGUUCCCCUACCCAACCAAAGCCGAGCUCUGCUAUUUGACUGUGGUCACCAAGUAUCCAGAAGAACAGCUCAAGAUCUGGUUCACAGCACAAAGGCUGAAACAAGGUAUCAGCUGGUCCCCUGAGGAGAUCGAGGAUGCCAGGAAGAAGAUGUUCAAUACAGUCAUUCAGUCCGUACCUCAGCCCACAAUCACUGUUCUGAAUACUCCCCUGGUUGCUAAUGCUGGCAAUGUCCAACAUCUCAUCCAGGCUGCUCUACCAGGUCAUGUUGUGGGACAGCCAGAAGGCACAGCAGGGGGGCUUCUGGUCACUCAGCCACUGAUGGCCAAUGGGUUGCAGGCACCAAGCUCAUCUCUCCCAGCAGCAGUUACAUCCGUCCCCAAGCAGCCAACUGUUGCGCCCAUUAACACUGUGUGUUCAAAUACAACGUCGGCUGUGAAGGUGGUCAAUGCAGCCCAGUCGCUCCUCACAGCGUGCCCCAGCAUAACUUCCCAAGCCUUCCUCGAUGCUAGCAUCUACAAAAAUAAGAAAUCUCAUGAACAGCUGUCAGCUCUGAAAGGUAGCUUCUGCCGGAACCAGUUCCCAGGACAGAGUGAAGUUGAGCAUCUGACCAAAGUGACUGGCCUCAGUACCAGGGAGGUGCGGAAGUGGUUCAGUGAUCGGAGAUACCACUGCCGGAACCUGAAGGGCUCCAGAGCCAUGAUGCCUGGAGAUCACAGCUCCAUCAUCAUCGACUCCGUGCCGGAGGGGCCCUUCUCCCCAUCGUCCAAGGCCCCUGAGGUGACCUGCAUCCCGACAGCGGCCACCCUGGCCACCCACCCUUCUGCUAAACGACAGUCCUGGCACCAGACCCCUGACUUCACACCAACCAAAUACAAGGAGCGAGCCCCCGAGCAACUCAGGGCUCUGGAGAGCAGUUUUGCACAAAACCCACUUCCUCUUGAUGAGGAACUGGACCGCCUGAGGACUGAAACCAAAAUGACCCGAAGAGAGAUUGAUAGCUGGUUUUCAGAGCGACGGAAAAAAGUGAAUGCUGAGGAGACCAAGAGGGCCGAUGAGAGUGCCUCUCAGGGAGAGGAGGAGGCUGCUGAAGGUGAGGGGGGAGAAGAGGAUUUGCCCAGUCACCUGAGGGUCCCUGCUGAAAAUGGCUCCCCAGAAGCACCCAGCGGCCACAGCUUGGCAGAACGCAAAGUCAGCCCCAUCAAAAUCAAUCUCAAGAACCUGCGGGUCACUGAAGCCAACGGCAAGAACGAGCUUCCAGGGCUGGGCACCUGCGAGCCUGAAGAUGACGGGUCGAACAAGCUGGCAGAGCAGCCCCCGGGCAAAGUGAGCUACAAAAAGACAGCCCAGCAGCGGCACUUGCUGCGGCAGCUUUUUGUGCAGACGCAGUGGCCAAGCACCCAGGACUAUGACUCCAUCAUGGCCCAGACGGGCCUGCCGCGGCCAGAGGUGGUGCGCUGGUUCGGGGACAGCAGGUAUGCCCUGAAGAAUGGCCAGCUCAAGUGGUACGAAGACUAUAAGCGAGGCAACUUCCCACCAGGGCUGCUGGUCAUCGCCCCUGGCAACCGGGAGCUGCUGCAAGAUUAUUACAUGACCCACAAGAUGCUGUACGAGGAGGACCUGCAGAGCCUCUGCGACAAGACCCAGAUGAGCUCACAGCAGGUCAAGCAGUGGUUUGCUGAGAAAAUGGGUGAAGAGACCCGGGCCGUGGCAGACACAGGCAGCGAGGACCAGGGCCCUGGUGUUGGUGACCCUGUGGCGGUUCACAAAGGGAUGGGUGAAACCUAUUCGGAGGUGUCUGAGAACAGUGAGUCAUGGGAGCCCAGUGUCCCUGAGGCCAGCUCAGAGUGCUUUGACACACCAAGUCCCCAGGCUGGACUUCAGCUGGAAACAGACUGAAUAUGAACCGAUUACUGUGAAGGACUGGCCAGUCUGGGAUGCUGCCUGCCACGUGGAAGGGCCCAACAUGUCGUUCCCAUGCCUGGCCGCUGGGCACGCACGAGAGCUUCCAGAGGGCUUGCAGACAGCCCAGAGCCUGCCACCAACUUCGGCCUGCCACCACCGAGCAAGCAGGGAGAGUAGAGUUCUCGUCAGUUCUUCCUCCCACAAUGUAGGACCUUUCCUUUGCCUUCCAGUGGAUAAAAUAGUUCAGAUUUCAUAUUCAUAGACACAGAAUCAAGUUUUUAACGUAUAAAUCUGCCUAUACACAUUUAAUAAAACAUCAGAUUAUAAACACUUUAAGUGCAUAGAAACUUUGGUUAGCAAAGCAGUACAUUGUCUUUUACAUCAUCUCUGAAAAUGCUCUGUGUCUGUUCUCUGGAGAUUGUUGGGGCCAUAUGUUCCCUCACCUUCCACGGUUGGGCAACACACUCAGAACUACAUCUGGAACCCCCGUGUGCCCCCUUUGUGUUCCUCGAGGAAGGCAGUACCUUUGAAGAGAUCUCUGCUACAUUAAGCGGUGACCAGCAAAAUUUCAUGCCCGGCUUGCCUUGCCUUAUGGGAUAAUCAGUGCAGAACCUGCUGUUCCCUACAGUUUAAAAACCAGACUGGUUAUGUGGUUAGUGUUUGAUGCUUACCUUCUCUUAAGGUGUUACAGUAAUUCUGCUUUUGCCUGGGAGUUUGAAUCAUGGACCAUACUUUUCAGUUAUCAGAUCAACUAAAGAAACGCUUGUUGUUAAGCCUAAUGUACUGACCUAGGUGCCCGCAUAUUUUUUUUAAUCUGGACAUGUUUAGAGUAAGAGGAAAAUUAAAAAAGAAACAGGGGUGAGGGAUGAAAGUACAAGUGUGUAGUCACAGCCUGUAGCUUUGGCCAUCAUGGUUUUUGGAGCCGUUUAUCCACACUCACUCCAAAGCCGCCUGUGGUUUGGGAAGGAACCCCCACGCUUGCCCAGUAGUGAGAGUGAGAGCUGAGGGGAUUCGCGGACUUUUGGGAACUAUCAGAGCUGGGGUGUUCUUCGGCACAGAGACCUGUGAAGGUUCCUGGCAGAACACCCACGGUACUCCUGGCCCCCACACCAAGGGCCUGGCUGGCAUGCUGGACAUCCUCGUGAGGAUAUUUUUAAAGUUCUACAUUUAUAUCCCCAAACCUGCAGACAAGAUCUUUGUUUACUUGAGCUUAACCCUCAUAUCCAUUUUUUAAAUUGAGAAAAUCACAGGAAAAUGUGCCUUUGAAACAUUGCGGAAACUUGCUUACAAAGUGGUACUAAAUGGUAAAUCCCUGUUUCCCCAAGACUGGCUGCUCUGAGAGCAGUGGGUAAAGAGUGGGGCAGCCAAAGAUGUGUCACCUCCUGUAAACUACCUGCUUCCCAAAGCACCAAGGACUUGUGGGCACGCUGCUCCUGGGCCCACACUGGGUGGGCAGCACUAGGAGACCCCAGAGAGAGGGCAGGGGCUUUGAACAAGAAAUAUUGGUGGUGGGUUAGGCACAGUCCUCCCUGAGCCCUCCCAGGGAACUGGACCGGGCAGGGCACCUCGCUGGCUUGGCUCUGAGGACGAAGAGGGUGGUAGCACGUUCUGCCUUCCAGGAGAGGGUUUUCUUUGGAAACCAAAAGCCCUUCAACCAUUGUUCUUCUCAAGUGUCUUCUCCUGCUCUCCCUGUCCCAAUAGGGACCACCUCUUACUUGUUUCAGACAGGUGACUUGUGAGGACUUGGCAAGGUUUGCAGCCUGUUUUUGUAUUCUUUCCAUUUUGGAUGUGAAGCUAUUUAGUCCCAAAGGCCUCUUUGCAGAACUGCCAAGAUUGGCGAGUGAUUGCCUUCUUUCAGAGAACAGACACCUGGAGUUGUUCCUUUAGUGUUUAUAUACAUGCAGAUUAAUUUAUAUAGACACAAAUACAGUGCAGAUACUCAUUUGAUACUUUACUCAUGAAAUGUACAUCUGAUGUGUACAUUUGAGGAAUUUAGUGGCACGUGGAUGUUGGGGAAAGUAGCCUAUGUUGGAGGGAGUGUCGGUACACUGGGCACAGCUGGGCAGCCAGCACGAAGCCAUCUCCAAGUGUCUGAGAUGCCACCCUGCCAGCAUCACUCCCAGAGCCCUGCAUGCACUGGCCAAAGGGUUCUGUCGUUAGAGAGAUUUUCUUGGUUAUUUUAUUUGUAUUCACAUUUCAUUUACAACCCAAACAGCAAAACAGAAAAAGUAAAUUACCUGGUGGACAAGUUAACGCAGGACACAGAGAGUGACCCAACCUUGGCACCAGCUUGUCUUUAAAAGGGUGCAACAGUUACAGUGCUGCAGGCACGUUUCCUCACAGACGUUGGCCCUGCCCAACAGCCAGGGCCACACCACCAAUGGCAAGACUGCCCAGGUAAGGAGCCCAGCAGACUAGACAGACCCUGCUCUUUCCUGCGCUGGUGGACUGGAGUGAAUAAGUGGGCUUCGGGCCUCAUGCUUGAAAGAAUCAGAUGAUCAAAGGUGAUGAUGAGAGAGACAGUUGGGUCAUCGAGCAGGUGCCUAAAGGGACGUUGCAGCAGGUACCCAGGGCUUUGGGUGCAAAACCGUGAACACAGCCAACCGGACAUAGACAAACACCCACACUAGCCCGGAAAUUGGGACUGCACCAACAGUGCAGUGGGGAUGUGGGACAGUGGCAGCCAGCCCCGUGGCCCUGUCACAAGACAGAUCACUGUGGUUUUGCACACCACCAAAGGGUUAGAUUCUGUGAUGUUGCUUUCAGUAGAAGGCAGUCUGUGGGCUGCAGAGUUGAGAGAGUUGGGGUGGGGUUAGUCUCUCCUGAAGAAAACGCCCAUUUUAUGAGGUGACUAAUCUUUCGCCUCUUCUCUGUAUGCACUUGGACUCAUCAGAGAUAGUAAAAUAUUUCAGUGUUUCUUGUUGCCUAUGUCUUGUAUGUUUGGUUUAUUAUAUUUUUUACAUGGGGUUUUAGAUCCAGUUUUAAUAGAUGAAACUAGAUCACCAUUCUGAUAAAGGAAAUCUGGAUUUAUGAUACAUAUACUUUACAUAUUUUGAUUUCUUGUUUUAAUUCUUGACUUUUAAGGAGCUUUUUGAUUGGGAAGGAUGGUUCUCGUUUCCAGGAGUCGCGAGUUCCUGAAAUAGAAAGCCCUGGUUGGACAACUCGCCGGCACCUUGGGGUUUGGUAGCACUGUAUGACUUAGAGCUCCUUUCUUGGGCAAGUGACUGGCAGCUGUUCAGGUGGACCAAAGCACCUUGACCCGAGGCCCCCACACCCUGCUCUCCAGAAGGAAAAGGUGGGAGCUGGGCACAGUGUUGGGUGGGACUUGUAGACUGCCACAUAUACUAAUGGCCUCGUCCCAGCUGGCUGUGGGAUGCUGUCCCACCAGAAAGUUUCAGUGUGUUCUCCAGGCUGAGAUGUGGCUCUUGUGGGUUUUAUCCUGCUCAGUCAGUGGUCCAGUGACAGGUCCUGUGUCACCUCCUUCUCCUCUCUGCCUCUGCGACAUCUGUGCCAGGCUGCCUUCUGUGGAGGGUGGGCAUUGGCCUUUCUGGUUGGAAGCUCAAGUUUCUAUGCACAUCCUCUCCCACAGCUCCCUGCUUGUGCUGCCCUGUCUUGGGCCCUGUGGCCUCUUGUCUUCCUGUUCUCUUCUUGGACCAAAAUCCUUGGAUGGGAGCAGCUUUGUCGGUCAAACAUCACAGCCCAAGUAGAUAAAGGCAUUUUGCAGGAAAGGAGGACCAGCCAAAAAGAAAAUCUUAAACAAAAUCAAACCUGGAGUUUGGCUUUUCCUGGAGUUUUCCCCCCCUUUUUUCCUUGCUCAGAGUUUACCUGGGGCAGGUUAUUGGUUUGACUCCCAUUUUUUAUAAAAAGUUUAAAUUUUCAUGUAUCGCAUUAAUUUGCAAGUUGUAUGCUGGAGAAGAAAAGUCCUCUACACAUGUAAAGGUCUGCACAGCCAGCUCUUCCAGGCCAAAGCCAGCAGCUGGCCUGGGUCAGGAGGGUAACAAGGCUCGGUUCUCCUCGCUCCAGACUGGAGCCACCUCUUCAGGGUCUCCUGAAUCAGCUUCCUUUGCUCCCUUUCCCUAGGAGCCUAGACCCUCCCAGCCUUCCUCUCCAGACCUUGGGGAGCCAUCUCCUUGUGGCUUAGGGAGCACCUGCCCUCAGAAAAGAUCCAACACCUGAGAAAGCAGCGAGUGUGGAGCCCAAACCUUCUCCUGAAUAGUCCCCUCCCCGAGCUAGGUUUCAAUGUGUGGUACUCGCCAUGCUGUUUUCUCUGGCCCAUAUAUAAUAGCCGAGCCAUGUGACACCAGGCCUGAGAGGGCUGUGGGCGACCUCUCAACAGUGAUGGAUUUUGAUUUUGGCCAAGUGACUGGGUGGAAGUGGUGAUCAUGAGUGCUGCUUGACUUGCUACUCAGCCCAGCUGUAAGUCCAGAUGGAACCGACAGGCUGCAGUUCAAAUUCGUUUCUGCUGGAAUCUACAUGUGUUCCCAGUGCCGGCUCACUCUGGGAAGGGGAGGGCGAGGGCUAAACCCAGUUCUUUCUGAGUUGACCCAGCAUCUGCACGUAGCUGUGAGGUAAAAGGAGCACAGACAGAGCAUUUGGCCCUGGAGAGGAUCGAGAGCCUGCUUUUUGGUUCUUCACUUCGGAGCUUACUUGUCAAGACUGGCCAUUCUGUGACCUGCCUGCAAAUCGGGCCUCCUCUUUGAAUGGGGCCCCAGUCCUUCACCAGACUAGAGACAUUAUAGCCUGGAUCCCCUAGGAACCAACAGUUCUACCUGCCCAAAGUCCGGAGCAGGGGUGGAGACCCAGAGUCUGGGAUGGACUAGGCAGGCCCUAGUUACCAUACAGACAAGGACAGGGGCAGCACUUGCCGCUUUGAUUUUUAAAAAUGCAGGGCUGCAAGGAUCCACAAAGAAUGUAGAGUUACAGCUUUGUUGUCGCCAGCCCAAGGCUUCCGCAGCCCUCAGAACCUGGCCCUUGCUGCUGCUCGGGCCAGAGCAAGCUGAGCAGAGGGAGGGGUGAGCACAGCCAGCAGGGCCCUUCUGGGAGGGACUGUCAUCUUCUCUUCUGGCUUCUUAGUGUCUUUCCUGCU